AUGGCUGUUCGUUUAGGAGGUGCUUUGAAAGAAUUAAGGAUACAUUUAUGCCAAACAGGACAGGGCAGUCAAGGUGUCAGAGAAUUUAUAGAGAAAUGUUACGUUGAGUUAAAAUCUUCGAAUCCCAAGUUCCCCAUACUUAUUAGAGAAUGUUCAGGCGUGGAGCCCAGAGUGUGGGCACGAUACGAAAAGGGAAAAGAAAAGUGUUCUACUUUAAAAGAUAUGUCAUCAGAUGAAGUUAAAUCGGUUAUUUCAAAAUUAGCAAAAGACAAUUAA